AGCAUUUUUUCCCGCAUUAAUAACUCCCUUAUUCAUAUUGUUAUGUACACUUAUUAUGGUUUAAGUGCUUGUGGCCCAGUAAUACAAAAAUAUUUAUGGUGGAAAAAUAUUUAACCGCCAUCCAGUUGCUACAAUUUACCACCGGCUUGCUGUGGGCUCUACAGGCCAUUGCCACUCAAUGUGAUUUUCCAUUAUGGAUCAACUGUGCCACCAUUAUCUAUAUGAUAACAUUUUUAAUACUUUUCGGACGUUUUUAUAGACGUAAAUAA